GCUUACGCCUUAUGUAAGCCCCCCUGGGGAAGGCAAAAACACAACUUGUUGGAGCCGAGCUGCCCAACUAUAGCAGCUGCUAGACCCUGGACAGAGCAAGGGCUUCAGCCACCUCGACCACCAGCCCCACCGGAGGGAGCCAGGCCCAGCCAUCAGCUCUGGACCAUCUUGCCCGGCGCCAUGACCUUCUCCAAGCUCAUAGACAACGUGAACAGCAAGGGCCCCUUCCAGUUCCUCGUCACGGCCCUGCUAGCCAUCCCCAUCCUGGGCAUGGCCAACCACUACCUGCUGCAGAUCUUCACGGCAGCGACCCCCGCCCACCACUGCCGCCCACCCCCCAACGCCUCCGCAGGGCCCUGGCUACUCCCCACGGGCCUGAACGGGAAGCCUGAACCGUGCCUUCGCUUCAUAUACCCACCCAACGCCAGCCUGCCCAACGACACCCAGGGGGCCACCGAGCCAUGCCUGGAUGGCUGGGUCUACAACAUCAGCACCAGGGAUUCCAUUGUGACUGAGUGGAGCCUUUCGUGUAACACCAGGAAGCUCCCUCCGACCAGCAAGAUAUUUUUCCUGGGCCUCAUCAGGGGUGGGAUCCCCUCCUCUCCUUUGAGCUGCAGGUUUGGCCGAAAGCCCAUCCUGUCCUGCAGCUACCUGAUGCUGGCGGCCAGUGGCUCGGGUGCAGCCUUCAGCCCCACCUUGCCUGUCUACAUGGUCUUGCGCUUCAUGUGUGGCUUCAGCAUCUCAGGUGUUAGCCUGAGCACCGUGAUCUUGAAUGUCGAGUGGGUGUCCACCCGGAUGCGGGCCAUCACAUCGACUACAAUCGGCUACUUCUACACCUUUGGCCAGUUCAUUCUGCCCGGCCUGGCCUAUGCCAUCCCCCAGUGGCGCUGGCUACAGUUCACCGUGUCCAUGCCCUUCUUUGCCUUCUUCCUGCUGUCCUGGUGGGUACCAGAGUCCAUACGCUGGAUGGUCCUGUCUGGGAAGUCUUCAAAGGCCCUGAAGAUUCUCCAGUGGGUGGCUAUCUUCAAUGGCAAGAAGGAAGAAGGAGAAAAACUCAGCCUCGAGGAGCUCAGACUCAACCUGCAGAAGGAUAUCUCCUUGGCCAAAGCCAAAUACAGCAUAGCAGACCUCUUCCGGAUACCCAUCCUACGCCGUGUGACCUUCUGUCUUUCCCUGGCCUGGUUUUCCACCGGUUUUGCCUACUACAGUUUGGCUAUGGGUGUAGAAGAAUUUGGAUCCAACCUCUACCUCCUCCAGCUUAUCUUUGGUGGGGUCGACAUCCCAGCCAAGUUCAUCACCCUAAUCUCCAUGAGCUAUCUGGGCCGGCACAUCACUGAGGCCACUACCCUACUCCUGGCAGGAGGGUCCAUCCUGGCUCUCAUCUUUGUGCCCUCAGACUUGCAGACCCUGAGAGCAGUACUGGCUGUGUUUGGGAAGGGAUGCCUGUCCAGUUCCUUCACCUGCCUCUUCCUCUACACAACCGAGCUAUACCCCACAGUCAUCCGGCAAACAGGUAUGGGUAUAAACAACGUGCUGACCCGCGUGGGAAGCAUGACAGCCCCACUGGUGAGAAUCACAGGAGAGUUGCAUCCCCUUGCCCCCAAUAUCAUUUUUGGGACCGCCGCCGUCCUGGGAGGCAGUGCUGCCUUCUUCCUGCCUGAGACCCUCAAUCAACCCUUGCCAGAGACUAUCCAAGACAUAGAAAACUGGUUCCCACGGGGAAAGGAGCCAAAGCAGGAGUCAGAAGCAGAAAAGGCUUCCCAGAGGAUCCCUCUGCAGCCCUGUGGACUGGACCUGGGCCCCAGCUGAGGGCAGCAGAGCCCCCUUUCCCUGCCUCCAGAGACUAAUCCCAGCCAGGUCCCUGCCUGCCUCUGGGCUCCACGGGCAUUUGGAGAGGCCCUGGGCGGGUCCAUGCUCUUAAGACAAAGUCUUCUGAGAGCUUGGUGAAGGCAUUUCCACCACCACAAGCACAGCCCCAGCCCAGACCUGACCAGUUCAAAGAUUCGACCAUCAGCCUUCCCUUCCCCCUUUGUCCUCGUCCUCCCUGCAGUCCAGGCCGUGCCAUUCUUCUGCCCAGCCCUUCCCCACCGUCACCUCUCCCAUUGUUCCAACUCCCUUUUCCUGAGGUUCCCCAGAUUCCCUGGCUCAAUCCUAACAAAGACAGCCUCCCCUUCUGGCCCUCCACCCCCUUCUUCAAUGGGAGGUUUCAAUAAACGGCAACGAAGAA